UGUUGCUAUGAUGCAAUGGCGAGCGAUGGCUGAGUUGAAGGAGUUCUCGCCACAGUUGAAGUGAGGCAGCCGUCACUGUAGGACGCAGCCAGUGCAGUGGCAUCGCCGCUGGUGAUAAAGACAGCCGUCGCCACGGGAGGCACACUUGUUUUCCUCUCAAUGGCAACACGUAGCCGCCUGCGUGUACUAGCUAGCCGUGUCAUGACUGUGCUGGAGGUUUCCUCCACAUCUGCACUUCGAGACGCACCCUGUUUUCUCCCCACGCCGGUGAUCGAAUCCUAUUUUUAGGAGGAGGAGGAGGAGGAGGUCGCUCUACCGUAAAGCAAAACCGUGGACACAUUUUUCUUGGAUGGCGGAGAGAACCUCAGCUGGUGUGCUGACCGUGACGCUGGAGCCCACACCGGUUGUCGCUAUGACCCUGCCGGCGGAGGUCCGGGCCAAGCUGGCGGAGCUGGAGCUGGAGCUCUCCGAAGGGGACAUCACUCAGAAGGGCUAUGAGAAGAAAAGAAGCAAACUGUUGGCACCGUACAUCCCACAGAUACAAGGUGUAGAUCCCUCUCUGCAAAUUGACAGUCGUGUCCAAGCUCCCUCCCAAGCUGUUCAUUCCUCAUCCAAACACAACAAAUCUCGGGCCGCCAACACCAGGGAUGAGCGCUUCCGAUCUGAUCUGCACACAGAAGCCGUCCAAGCAGCUUUAGCCAAAUACAAAGAAAGGAAGAUGCCCAUGCCGUCCAAAAGACGAUCUGUGUUAGUUCAGUCCUCUGUUGAGGCAUGUACGCCACCAGACACCUCCUCAGCGUCAGAAGAUGAGGGCUCGCUGCGCCGAAGGGGACAUCUAGCCAACUCCACACCCUACCAGAGCCACAGCCACCAGGCCGUGGAGCACUGGUUUAACCGGGUCAUCCAGGGUUCGUCCACCUCGUCUUCCGCGUCAUCUACUUCAUCCCACCCGGGAGGGAGAUCCAUUACCAACACGACCACUACCGCCAACAGCACCGCCCACAGCGGCCUCAACGCCAACACCAAAGCUACUGCACUGUCUGACCUAAUGGCACACACCCACCUAGAUAACCACAUACCUCCCCCCGACGUAACGGGCCUCUCGGAGCGCUCCUCGCUUCAUGUGGAACAGUCCCACGUUGCCUCGGUGCGGGGAGUCUCUCGUGGCUACAACCACCACACCAGCAUCAUGGAGACAGCAGAUGGCUGUGAGUGGAGAGGUGAGAGAUCCCUCACUUUGAUGAAUGGUGUUCCAGUCAACAGCCGUGUCUCCUCCAAAAUCCAGCAGCUGCUCAACACUCUGAAAAGACCGAAGCGACCGCCCUUGCGAGAGUUCUUUGUCGACGACUUUGAAGAGCUUUUGGAUGUCCAGCAGCCAGAUCCAAACCAGCCAAAGCCAGAAGGCCAGCAGAUGAGUCCCCUUGAAGGGGGACCUCUCGGAGUGGUCAGUAACUGGCCUCCCUCCUUGAUAGCCGCUUUACAACGAUGGGGCACCACCCAGCCUAAGAGCCCCUGUCUGACAGCACUUGAUAAUGCUGGCAAGCCUGUCUACACUCUCACCUAUGGUAAACUGUGGACCCGCUGUCAGAAACUAGCUUAUACACUUCUCAACAAGCUGAGCACUAGAAAUGAGCCCCUGCUUAUGCCUGGAGAUAGGGUAGCGCUUGUGUUCCCGAACAGCGAUCCAGUAAUGUUCAUGGUUGCUUUCUACGGUUGUCUGCUGGCAGAACUGGUGCCCGUACCCAUUGAAGUGCCGCUGACCAAGAAGGAUGCUGGAAGUCAACAAAUUGGCUUUCUGCUUGGCAGCUGUGGGGUGACUUUGGCUCUUACCACUGAUGCUUGUCAGAAAGGUUUACCCAAAGCGCAAACAGGGGAGGUAGCCACAUUCAAAGGUUGGCCCCGGUUGCUGUGGUUUGUGACAGAUGGGAAACAUGUUGUGAAGCCCCCGAAAGACUGGCAUCCUUCGAUACGUGAAGCCAACAAAGACACAGCCUACAUAGAGUACAAAACCAGCAAGGAGGGAAGCACCAUGGGGAUCACAGUGAGCCAUUCAGCCAUGCUUGCUCACUGUCACGCUCUCACACAGGCCUGUGGCUACACUGAAGCUGAGACAAUAACCAACGUGCUGGACUUCAAGAGGGAAGCGGGUCUAUGGCAUGGUGUUCUCACUAGCGUCAUGAAUCGGAUGCAUGUGAUCAGCAUUCCUUACUCACUGAUGAAAGUCAACCCCCUCUCGUGGAUACAGAAGGUUCAUGCAUACAAAGCACGGGUUGCAGUGGUGAAGUCGAGAGACAUGCACUGGUCUCUUCUAGCACAAAGAGACCAGAGAGACAUCAGUUUGAGCUCACUGCGCAUGCUGAUUGUAGCUGAUGGCGCCAACCCAUGGUCAAUAUCUUCCUGCGAUGCCUUUCUAAACGUGUUCCAGGCACGUGGGCUGCGACCUGAGGUGAUCUGUCCAUGUGCCAGCUCUUCAGAAGGCAUGACUGUUGCCAUCCGCAGACCUCCAGAAAUGGGUGUCCCUCCACCUGGGAAGGCAGUGCUCUCCAUGGGUGGUCUGAGCCAUAGCGUGAUUCGUGUAGACACAGAAGAGAAGCUCUCCGUCCUCACCGUGCAAGACGUGGGACAGGUCAUGCCUGGAGCUUUGGUGUGCGUCGUGCGGGUGGAAGGGACGCCAUACCUUUGCCAGACAGAUGAGGUGGGAGAGAUUUGCGUCAGCUCCAGGUGCACGGGUGCUGCCUAUUACGGCCUCCAGGGCAUGACCAAAAAUAUAUUUGAGACCAUCCCACUCACGUCAACUGGAAUUCCAGUCAGUGACCGAGCUUUCACCAGGACCUCGCUGCUGGGCUUUGUGGGGCCAGACAGCCUUGUGUUUGUUGUGGGGAAGAUGGAUGGACUGAUGGUGGUCAGUGGGCGGCGACACAACGCUGAUGACGUGGUUGCCACAGCGCUCGCAGUGGAGCCUAUGAAGUUUGUUUACAGGGGGAGGAUAGCUGUGUUUUCUGUGUCAGUGCUGCAUGACGAGAGGAUUGUUGUCGUGGCAGAGCAGAGACCAGAUGCCUCAGAAGAAGACAGCUUCCAGUGGAUGAGCCGUGUCCUUCAGGCAAUAGACAGCAUCCACCAGGUGGGGGUGUACUGUUUGGCUCUGGUGCCUGCUAACACACUUCCCAAGGCUCCCCUAGGUGGUAUUCACAUUUCAGAGACUAAACAGCGCUUCCUAGAGGGCGCCUUGCAUCCCUGCAAUGUCCUUAUGUGCCCUCACACGUGCGUCACCAACCUGCCCAAGCCGAGACAAAAGCAGCCAGAGGUCGGCCCCGCUUCUAUGAUAGUGGGCAACCUGGUGGCAGGCAAGAGGAUAGCACAGGCCUGUGGGAGAGAUGUGACCCAGUUGGAAGACAAUGAUCAGUUCCUCUAUAUUCAAGAUGUGCUACAGUGGAGGGCGCAGGCCACGCCAGACCAUCCGCUGUUCCUUGUUCUUAAUGCCAAGGGCACGGUAGCAAAUUCAGCGUCCUGUCUGCAGCUACACAAGCGGGCCGAGCGAGUGGCUGCAGCUCUUAUGGGACGCCUCAACACCGGAGACCAUGUGGCGCUUGUCUACCCACCAGGAAUCGACCUGAUAGCCACCUUUUAUGGCUGCUUGUAUGCUGGUUGCGUCCCAGUGACAGUCAGACCCCCACACCCACAGAACUUGGCUACCACCCUCCCCACUGUCAAAAUGAUUGUUGAGGUCAGUAAGUCCGUGUGUAUCCUCACCACUCAAGCAAUAAUGAAGCUGCUGAAAUCUAAAGAGGCCGCCGCCGCAGUGGAUGUCAAGAGCUGGCCCAUGGUGUUAGACACAGAUGACCUCCCCAGGAAGAAAAGUUCCCACAUCUACAAGCCCCCAACCCCAGAGAUGUUAGCUUAUCUGGACUUCAGUGUUUCCACCACAGGCAUCUUGGCAGGAGUCAAGAUGUCUCACGCAGCCACCAGUGCCUUGUGUCGCUCCAUCAAACUGCAGUGUGAGCUCUACCCUUCUCGGCAGAUAGCCAUCUGUCUGGACCCGUACUGCGGCCUGGGCUUUGCACUCUGGUGCCUGUGCAGUGUGUACUCAGGGCACCAGUCCAUCCUGGUUCCCCCUCUGGAGCUGGAGACCAAUGUGUCACUGUGGCUGGCGGCAGUCAGUCAGUACAAAGUGAGGGUCACCUUCUGCUCCUAUUCAGUCAUGGAGAUGUGCACCAAAGGCCUAGGUUCACAGACUGAGGCACUGCGGCUGCGCAACGUGAACCUGUCAUGUGUGCGCACGUGCAUGGUGGUGGCAGAGGAGAGGCCUCGCAUAGCACUGACGCAAUCCUUCUCCAAGAUCUUCAAGGACUUGGGGUUGUCGGCGCGGGCCGUCAGCACUACAUUCGGCUGCAGGGUGAAUGUAGCCAUUUGUUUGCAGUCCAACAGGUUAGGGAAACUGGCUGAGCAGGGCACAGCGGGACCGGACCCCACGACAGUUUACGUGGACAUGAGGGCUCUACGACAUGACAGGGUUCGCCUGGUUGAGAGGGGGUCCCCACACAGUUUACCACUGAUGGAGUCGGGCAAGAUCCUUCCUGGAGUCAAGGUGAUUAUUGCCAACACAGAGACUAAAGGACCCUUGGGAGACUCUCAUCUUGGAGAGAUCUGGGUGAGCAGUCCUCACAAUGCUACAGGAUACUACACCGUCUAUGGAGAGGAGGCGCUGCAUGCCGACCACUUUAACACCAAGCUCAGCUUCGGGGACACUCAUACAGUGUGGGCGAGGACGGGGUACCUGGGCUUCCUGCGGCGCACCGAGCUGACUGAUGCCAGUGGAGAGCGCCAUGACGCCCUCUACGUGGUGGGCUCUGUUGACGAAACCCUGGAGCUGAGGGGGAUGAGGUAUCACCCCAUUGACAUUGAGACCUCCGUCAUCCGCUCUCACAAGAGCAUAGCUGAAUGUGCUGUGUUCACUUGGACCAACUUGCUGGUGGUGGUGGUGGAGCUGGAAGGGUCUGAGCAAGAGGCCCUGGACCUCGUGGCCCUGGUAACCAACGUGGUUCUGGAGGAACACUACCUGAUUGUGGGAGUGGUGGUGGUGGUGGACCCUGGCGUCAUCCCCAUUAACUCUAGAGGGGAGAAGCAGCGUAUGCACCUGAGGGACGGCUUCCUGGCUGACCAACUGGACCCCAUAUAUGUGGCGUACAACAUGUGAGAACCUGUGCGAACAAGGACAAACUAUAAUUACUUGCCUGGAAGAUCCAUCUUGAUUUGUACAGUCCAGAAUGUUUUUCUUUUUUUUUUUUUUUUUUUUUUUUUGGUCUGCUUUUGCUUGGGAAUUGACCCAAGUAGCUCAUGAUGUGUCCCAAUCAUGCAUGUGUUUGUUUUUGUAGUUCUAUCCAUCAGGUAGCUUCAUUUGACUACAUUUUCAUUGGGCAAUUAAUUAUUUUAAAAAUGUUUUUAAUGGGAGAAUCUAUCUCAGAAUGUUCUGAACGCCUGUUUCCAUGACAGUUGUUUUUUUUUUUUAUUGAACACAAUAAUGCUUGCUGCCCAUAGUGGAGGUCUGCAUGGAUAUAGCUCAACUUCUCAUAGCUGAUAAUUGAGACUAAAUCAGCAGCGCCUCUGCUGGUUGCAGCCAAUUCGUGCCCUCCCGUUUGCUUCAGUUGCUUCAAGAUGCAGUGAUUGACUACAAGCAUCAGCACAAGUCUCCAUUGGAUUAUUCCUCCCCAUCCUUAUUAGAAACGGCUGCCACUCCAGUUCUGUAAUAUAUUUUUUGUGUGCCCUUUUGUAUGUGCUCACAAUGCAAAACGACUGAUGUAAUGUUGACGUGUUGCCCAGAUGGAGAGGACUAUGCCUUAAGUCUCUUUAUUUUCCAGAUGCCUGCUCUAGUUUUAACAUAAUUUUGGCAAGUGCAGCCAUUUGCACCCAGUAGUGUCAGCAUUCAUGAGCCUCAGUCAGCCAUUUUAAACAAACACUCCCAUCUUCAUUACUCCUUAAUGCCAACUGUGAUGAAUGUGUGUUUGACAGUGGAAGGCAGGUGUUUUCAGUGCCAUGAGGUCAAUUGAUAACCAUAUUGCAUGUGCCUCCCAUCUUAUCAUAAGGACUCACCGUGACUUCAUGUUGCUUCUUUGCCUCAGAAAAAAGCCUUCAGCAUGCUGCAAGGAUAUACAGCUUUGAUGCAAUAGGAGACGGCAGGACGCAAAGACUGAAUCUGCUACAUAUGUGAUAUAUAUAUUUAUCCCUCACAAACAGUCUGAAAUGAAGUCAGAUGUGGAUUGCAGGGAAUGGACACACAAAAGUUGUUUUUUUUUAUAUAGAAUGAAUGAGCGAAAGCAAACAAGAAGCGGAGGACCGUCCUCUGGAGCAAACUUGUGUUGUUAGAACAUGUGGAAAUACAUUUGUCUGAUAUAUGGUAAGUUGUUGUUAUUUUCAUAACAUGUUUUCUUAAUGAAUAAAGUAAUGAUUUUAACUUAAAAUGCUUGUGUGCAUCACAAUCCAGACAAUUUCGAGCCGGCGCAGUUUAAUCAGAAAAAUAAGGCUGAAAAGUACUUCAAUUGUACUUCAAUUGUCAGUGUACUUCACAAUGGUGUUUGAAUGUGGAUGUGAAUGAAUGUUUGGUGGCAGCCAGGUUUCCAUCAGACUACCCCAGGGCAGCUGUGGUUCCAAAUGUAGAUGACCACCACCAGUGUACGACAGAGGAGUGAAUGAAUAAUGUGUUCACUUCAUUGUGAAGCGCUUCGGGUGUCUUGAAAAGCGCUGUAAAAUCUAAUCUGUUAUUAUAUUCUUAUUAUUAAUUGCUUGCAU